AGCCCCUGGCUCGCCGUCGAUCUGGGAGAGGGCCGCGGCCUGAUUGCCACAGCGUACAGCAUCAUGCAUGGAUCCGGUAGCUCGUCCAACGCGAUGAGGAGCUGGAGGUUCGAAGGGAGCAACAACAAGAACAGCUGGAUCACCCUGCGUGAGCACUUGAACGACCCGAGGAUGCAGACGCCCGGGCAGGUGGAAACGUUCUUCCUACACAACUUGGAUAAAGAGGUCACGAGGCUUCAGGCUUUCCGCUACUUCAGGAUCUUGUUGACGGGACCCAACUCCAGCAACUUCUUUCGCUUGUGCGCGUGCAGACUUGAGCUGUACGGCAGAUAC